AAAUAAAAUAUAAUAGGAAAGGGAAAGGAAACGAAAAGAAAAGAAAAGGAAGGGAAAGGAAAGGAAAGGAAAGAAAAGGGAAAAUAAUAGAAAAAGAAAAGGAAAGAGAAAAGAAAAGAAAAGAAAAGAUAAGAAAGAAAAAUUGAGAAGAGGAAGAUAAAAAAAAAAGGUUUACCACCUUAGAAAGUUUUGUACAGGAUCAAUCUAAGAAUGAAAUUCUUCCUCUGCCUGGUUGAAGAAGGCAGCGGUAGUAGAUGUUCUAUAAAAUUUAUUCGAAACAAUUAUCUUGAUUCUAAAAGAAAACGACAAGGGCGUUUGUGGCGGAACGAUAGCAGCAUAAGCUGCUACGACGCUUGAGAAGAAGGGACACCCUUGUAAGCUGAUUUUCUUUCUUUCUUUAUUUCUCUCUCUCUCUCUCUCUCUCUCUCUCUCUCUCUCUCUCUCUCUCUCUCUUUCUACCUCUACCUCCUCCUCUCUUUCUCUCUCUCUUCCUCUCUUUCUCUCUCUCUCUAUUUGUCUGUCUGUCUGUCUGUCUGUCUCUCUUUUUAUCGAAGAGAAACGCAAGACAACCAACGCGUUUUAUUGAGAGAAACAGUGCGUGUGAAAGAGAAAGAGAGAGUGAUCAAAAGAGAAAAAUAAUAAUUCUCACGCCGGCGAACGUUCGGAAGAGGGGAAAUCAAUCGUUAAUUCCAUCGUUCAUUUUCGAAUCUCUCCUCGAAUCGGUAUUACUACUAUACUACGGUAUUAUCCGUCUCUCUCUUUCUCACUUGUCCUAAAACCGCGAGAUUCGAACUCGCGCCAAAGUGCGUUCCACAGUGGAUACUACUACUAUCUCGCAUUUGGAUUACGACACGAAGUGGUGGCUGUCAGGUAAUAUGCCAGUGCCUGUAUGGGAUUGCCCGGAACUGGGCCCUAUGGACGAAGCCCUGGAAACAGCAAGCGUCGUUUCGGAGGAUAUCUGGAAGAAGUUCGAUUUGGACUUCCCAUUGGAUAUCUAUUCCAACCGAUCGUAUGACGAGACCGUUCUUCCUGAGCUUAUCUAUGACAAAGUUACGUGUAUGGCAUCUCGUGAGAUUCGUCAUCAUGAUUGUAUGUGGGCCGGGUUGUGUAUCAGCAAAGAACACAAUAGAACCUUGCCUGCUAAAAAAGAUUCUCAGUUGCAAAAGAAAAUACCAGCUGGUAGGAGUUUGCUAAUAUCACGUGCUAGUACAUCAGCACGUUCCUUGAUGAAUGCUCAGCAACAACAUCAAGCGUUACAACAGCAACAACAACAAUUGCUGCAACAACAACAACAGCAGCAGCAGCAACAACAACAGCAACAACAGCAACAACAACAACAACAAUCAUCACAAUCUCAGAAAUGUCGUGUGAAGAGUUUAGAAAGUGAUGGAGAUUCCACAAGACCAGACACACCACCAACAUCGACGUCUGAUACAGAUACAGACGACGAAGUUCCUGUCUUUAGACAUGAUCAGAUCAAUAUACACGAGAAGCUAUCGGAAUGUAUGUCCGAAUCGAUCAUUAGGGCGGCGCCGGUAAGCGAAGUUACGGGUCAGCUUGUCAGACGAUUUUAUGACAGAAGGAAAGAGGAAGAAAACAAUCAACAACCGAACUUGAGAAAUACCCUUAGCGAUCAUUGCUAUCAUCUUAAUCAUCCCGCUUAUAAGAGGCUCGAGAAUCUUGGCGUUCAGACACCUUCAGAAUCCGAAGAAGAAGAGAUUGACGUAGUGACAUUCGAGAAGCCUAGUCGAGCGAGCAAUUUAGCUAAUAAAAAUGAACAACAACAGAAUCAAUAUCAUCAACAAAAUAAUCAUCACCAUCAGCACCACCAGCAGCAGCACCACCAACAGCAUCACAAACAGCAUCAUCAUCAGCAGCAACAGCAGCAGCAACAGCAGCAGCAACAGCAACUGCAGCAGCAACAGCAACAGCAGCAGCAACGCCCACAGCGGUCAACAAAUGUGAAAGAAAAGAAAGGCACGACAGCAACGACGAUACAAGCACCCAGACCACGAGGCAGGCCGCCGGCAAAUGCUACAACACGAAAACGAAAUCUGUCUGCUAGCACUCCUGCUGUCGAUAAACAAGCCAAAAGAAAUUGUACCAGAAACACUCAAAGAAGAAAAAAGACAACGAAAAGCAAAGGUGGCGCAGCCUCGAAAAGUUCGUCGGAAGAUGAAUUGGAUACCGAGAAGAGGAGUCUUCAUAACAAUAUGGAACGACGGAGACGAGUCGAACUUCGGCAUUUCUUCGAGGAUCUUCGUCGUUUAGUGCCCGCUGUUGAAUUUAAAGAAAAAGCAGCGAAAGUGACAAUCCUGAGACAAGCUGCACUAUUUUGCGAUGUUCUCGCUCAUUCAUUCAUCAACAAUCAGAUUAAGAUUUCUGAAUUAUCGAAGGAACAGAUACUAUUGAGAGCCAGGCUGAAGUAUCUUAGAUAUAAUCUUGCUCGGAGGCGUUAAAGAGAAUUUUAGAAGAAAAAAAAGAAAAAAAGAAAAAAAAAAAGAAAAAAGGAAACAAGAGAAAUGGGAAUUCCAAUCGAGUUAUUAUUAAUCUCGAUAUGGGUCACUCACAUUUAUAAACAUAUUACAUAUACAUAUAUAUAUAUAUAUAUAUAUAUAUAUAUAUAUAUAUAUAUAUGUAUUCACAUUUUCGUCACUACGCGUAUACAUUUAUCAACAUAGAAAUGCAACUUGGCUAGGAAUAACAACAACAACAACAAUAACAACAACAACAACAAUGACGAGGACGACGACGACGACGAAGGAAACUAUUACAACUACGACGGAUCUUUCGACCUUCUCAUGUGAAAGACCAUCUAUCAAACUCGUUCCUCUGGCCGAUCAUACCUCAAGGAAUGAAACAUCAUAAACUGAUGUAUACUACGAUCGCGAGUUGAAGGUCAUCAGCCACCAGGAUCACGCAUCUACAUGGAUACUUAAUGUGUCUAAUUCGAUCCGCGAUUUCUUUCAAGGACACGAAAGAAACGUACUUCUUUGUUUGCUUUUUUUUUUGUUUUUUUUUGUUUUUUUCUUUUUUUUUUUUUUGUUUUUUUUAAAUCAUAGAAGACGUGUAAGCGUGAGAAGUUGCAGACGUUCCGGAGACAUUUUCGUUUUGUUUCUAUUAUUCGUCUUAUUUAGGAAAUAUUCAUAAAGAAGCAUGAUCGAAUAGAACAGAUGGAAGUUCGCGAUAGGACAUUAAGGAACUCGCACGACAGACGUAUUUUGUACUUUUUUAUUUAUAAAUUUGCUUCGUGUAUCGUUCCUUACAAAAGUGGUAGAAAUAAAGGUGGAUAGAGAUAAAGAUAAAGAUAGAGAUAAUGAUAAUGAUAAAGAUAGAGAUAAAGAUAGAGAUAAAGAUAAAGAUAGAGAUAUAGAUAAAGAUAGAGAUAGAGAUAAAGAUAGAGAGAAGAAAGAGAGAAAGAGAAAGAAAGGUAUAGACAUGCGCAUGUAUCGCAUGUAUCGCUUGUAUCUCGAUGUUCCUCGUUGGGAGUAUUCUGUUCGUUUUCAAAGGCGCAACGUUUGUUAACUUUUUUGUUUGUUUGUUUUUUUUUUCUUUUUUUUUUUUUUUUUUUUUUUUUUUUUAAUUAUUUUUAUUAUUAUUAUUAUUAUUUUUUAACUUUUUCCAUCCGAUUCGACGGACAAACAAACACAACAUCUGGUACGUAUGCCAUCCUCUCGGUAAGUCCGCGAAUAUUUUUCUAACAUGCGCCGAAAAAUGAUCCCAAAAAGUAGAAAACGAAAAAAAAAAGAAAGAAAGAAAGAAAGAAAGAAAAAGAAGGAAAGAAAGAAAAAGAAAAUGCGAGAAGGAAUAAUAUCUUUCGUCUAACGAUCAAAGAAGAUAAAAGAUAUUCAAGUUGGUGCAUUGUGCGGUUUUCCCGCAGACGUACAUUUUAAAACGCUGAGAUUGAACGUCUCUAGUACGCGACUAGUUUUAAUUUCCCUAGUUUAACGACGUAGAUAAAAAGUGUACAGCGCGCUAGUACGAAGAGAGCGAGGAAGCUUAUCAGGAUUAUUAUUAGUCAAACGUUUGCUACCGGUUAAUUCCCUCCCCCUUUUACUAUCGUUGUUUCUCCAUACCUCACGAUUGGGGAUUGCGAUCUAUCGAACCUCUAUGUAUGUAGAUACAUACAGUAGUUAGUAACCGAUUCAAACUCAACUCUAGAUUUUAUUUUAUUGAAAUUAAAAAAUGUUGAAUAUUUAGGAAAGGGAGGAGGGGGUUGGUCCGGUAAAAAAAAUUUCUUUCUUUACAACUUUCGUCCAUUCUCGCUUGGAGCAUUUUGAAAUACAAUUUUGAUAUUCUCCCCUCCACCCUUUAUUUUCAUUUUUUCCCUUCGUCGAUAGAAAUAGUUUAGUAUUCGUAAUAGUAGGAAAAUUCAUAUUGUUAUAUUGAUAAUUAUUUCAUUCAUUUCCAAGAAGGUAAACUCGUAAAUCUCACUCGUUCUCUUUUGACAGUUAAGAACCAAAAAGGGUAAAUUGAUUAGCUGUCGAUCGAAAUGGUUUUUUUUUUUUUUUAAUGGCGCACGACGUUCAAUUGGAUAGAGAUUAGAUUCUUGCACCCGUUGUUUAUCUUCUUCUAACUCUACUUUUGUAUGAGUGUUAUAUAUAUAUACAUAUACAUAUGUAUAUAUAUUUAUAUACUAUACAGUCUAUAGUCUUUGCUAUUUGGUAUCGUCUCGACGGAUUUCUUAUUUCUUCACUUUCUUAUAUAUAUAUAUAUAUAUAUAUAUCGUUGUAAUAUUUCAUUCAAAGGGCCUUCUGAAUUCAUUUCUGGAACACCUAAAAAUCAUACUUUUCUUUUUUCAUCCCUAUUCUAUUUUAUUCCAUGGUAUCGUCUCUUCUGAAAAGGUUAAAAAGAAAAAAGGGAGGAAGAGAGAUAAAACAAUUUUCAUAGUAUAGUUUUCCUCAUGCAUAUAUAUAUAUAUAUAUAUAUAUAUAUAUAUAUGUAUGUAUGUAUGUAUAUCUCGAUCGAUGUUUUUCGUAUGGGUGCAAUAAAACGAACAACAAAUUAAAGAUUCCAAAAUGGAAAAACUAGAUGGAUUCGUAUUUGUUUGUUUGUGGUUUUUCUUUUUUUUUUCUUUUUUUUUUUUUAAUUAUUAGUAAUUCUAGGAAUUGUUAUAACGAUCGAGAUGUUUACCAUAGGGUGUUUGUAACCAACAUCGGAAGGUGGCAACGGGAUCGAACGAUUUUUUUUCUACACUCGAUUCCGUUCGCAAGCGAGUAUUCUUUAACUUGAUUUUGAUUCCGUCGGGAUGAUAUCCGUGUGUCUAACGAGUUUCUUCAUCAAACUUUCGUCUUGUCUUCUUUAUGGUCUACUUACUUUCCUUCGUGGAAUAAGUUCUUUGCGCGCGAAUGGACUUUGUUAGGAUUAGAAAGAUUCGUCGAGUUGCACUAAAGUACGCUUUUUAAAGUAUAUACAUAUACAUAACAAAUCAUCAUUGUUAUGUAUGUAUAUAUAUAUAUAUAUAUACAUAAUAUAAUACAUAACGUAUGUAAUGUACAUAGGAAAAUCUCUGAAGGAGAAAUUCGUGCAUAGAAACGUAAGUUACUUCCACAUAUAAAUAUAUAUAAAUAUAUAUAAAUGUAUAUGUUAGUAUAUAUAUUUAUAUAUAUAUACUAUACGUACGUAGGCAAACAUAUAUAUGCAUAUAUAUACAUAUAUACAAUGGGUUAUUACGUAUGAGUUUAGGAACGAGAGAAAGAGAGAGAGAGAAGAGAGAGAGAGAGAGAGAGAGAGAGAGAGAGAGAGAGAGAGAGAGAGUGAGAGAGAAAGCGUGGAAAUGAAAAAGAGAAUACGACAUAACCAUUAACUAUUGACAUUAGUUAGUUCGAUAUGCAUUAAUUAAUAUUAUUAUUAUUGUUAUCGGUUUUUAGUUCGUUGUAGGCGCUUGCUAUCGCUGAUUAUAUCCAUACGAAUAUUAUUUACUGCUAAUUAUCGAGUCACGGUGGUAUAAGCGAUUGUGCUAAUCCUAUAAGAUUUUCAGGGGAAAAAAAAGUAUAUUAAUGGAUAUCGUAUUAGAAAUUAAGAAUUGACGCGAAAAGAAACAUACAUAGAUGAACACACAAAUGCAUAGACGUAUACACAUACACACAAACAUACACCGACAAUUUAUACGCAACGAUAGUUAGAUAAAUUCAAGAAACGGAAGAGCGCGCGAUUCCCUUUUGCAAGAGGGAAAGAGAAGAAGCAACAUAAUGUGUUCAUUACAUUGUAGGUAACAGUAUUUCUUUAUAUAUAAUAUAUAUAUAUAUAUAUAUCUAUAUAUAUACAAUACAUAUAUUCAUAAGCUUUUUACAAAAAAAAAAAAAAAAAAAAAAAAAGAAAAAAUAAGAAAUAAGGAAAGAAAUAAGGGAAAAGACGAUAGAUUGUUUUUGAGGAACGCCAACGUAAUAAUAUGCCACAUAUAUAUACAAAUA